AUGUAUUACCGCGGGGCGCUGCAGAAAGCGGUUCAAGACGCAGUGUGCCUCAAGGUGUACCAGCACCGAGCGCGGGAUUUGGCCAAUGCAGCCCGAUCGCCUGGUCGAUUAAAGACGAUGGAGUCGCAGCUGCUAGCAUCUGUUACUGGGCAUGCGCUGCCGAAGAUCCAGCAGUGCUUGCCGCAGGAGUUGUCAAAUCUGGCAUGGGCUACGGCGACGCCCCAGACCUUGGGCAAAAUGUCAACGGACGCGACUGCAGCCGAAGGAAUCCAGAAAGCUUUAGGUUCCAGCGUGCAGAACUUGGCGAAUGCAGCUCAGGGGUUCACCACACUUGGUGCCAUGAGGCUGAAGCGCAUUUCGCAGCCCGAGCCGCAAGCACCGACCAACACUGCAGUUCGAUCGCCGGGAACAUUGGGUGUCAGCGAUGUAGCCGGAUCCUUUGCUCGGAGAUACACAGAGCCGGAUGUGUCGUUGGAAGCUGUUGCCACGCAGGGUAGACACAAGGCGGAGAUGCAUUGCCCUCAGGACCCCAAGUUUGGACAUCAGUCUGUCGCACUGACACCAGAAGACUUGCCUUAUGCCGGCUGCAGAGACUUACUGAGAUCCGCUCUGAAUCAGCAUUUCUGCCCGAGCCCCACUCCCCUCGUUUGCGAAGUCGACAUGUGUGGUCUGUCUGCGACUGUCAUCAUGGCUCUUGAAACUCGGAGUCCGGUGAAGCAAUGGCCACAACGCUUGUCAAGCGCACCUCUAAGACCACUGCCGCCACGAUCCAUACUGAAGGCUCCACCCUCAUCACCAUUGACGGUCUCAGGGGCAUCGGCGGCCUCAGCGGCUUCGUUGAUUUGUGUGCGGCGUCGUGGACGGCCCAAGCUACAAGCCAGUUUCCGAUGGGAGCAGGGAGACGCCACCGAUCAGGAGCUGCGAAUCUUCAUGCCGGUGGGCAGAAACACGUUAGCCAAAGACGUCGAACUGGAGUUAACGGAAACGUACCUUCGAAUCGGUCUGCGUGGCGAACCGCCAAUGAUUGAAGGCGAUUUGUGGAGCUGUGCAGAUGUGGAGGACACCUAUUUCGAGUUGGAGACUCGGCAGGCAGAAGUAGCUCGAAAGGAUGUCAAAGAGUUGGUGUUGUACCUCGCGAAGAAAAGGGUCGAGACUUGGGAGGAAAUCCUGCGCCCUUGUUACAAGUGGGAACCUGCUGGACGUUACAACGAGGAGAUCCGAAUCUAUGUUCCCCUUCGUGACGAGCUUAGGGCCUCCGACGUUGAUUUCCAGCUGGCCAAGGGUCGUCUCCGACUGAGAUGUGCUGAAGAAGUAGUUCUGGAUGGAGAGCUGUGGGGCGCUGUCGAGCUCGAGGACUGCGAUUGGAUGAUUGAUGUCCAUGAUGGCCAGCGCAGCAUUAUUGUUUCCUUGGGAAAGCUGCAUGUGCGCGAGCACUGGGAGAGACUGUGGAAGAGCGAGGAAGGCAAGGCUGGCUGGCCAGUCUUCAAGCCAGGCUCACGCAAGGAUGUCGACAUGGCAGUCCUUGGUUCUCUUGAUUAUGUGCAUACCCUCCUGAACCAACGGGAUGUCGACUAUGCGAGGGACUACUUAAACCAUGUCUUGCCUGAUGACGAGGAGCCCUGA